GUUGCCCCUAGUAUAUAGAAAAAUAACAAUUAAAAAGUCCCAAUGGGUGCAUGGAGGGGCAUUGUUAGAAAAGUCCCAAAAAGUCCUAAAAAGACUCUCUUUAAGAGUCUUCUUCAUUUAGUCCCAAAUGUCUAGUUUAGUCCCUAAAAAGUCCCUCCCGUUUGAUAAAAAAGUAUCUAAGAGGGACUUUUUCUAAUCCCUACACAAAAAAGUCCCUGGAAACAAACACCCCCUUACUCCCACUGUGAGUAGUCUUAAGCACACAUUUACUUUUGCCUUAAUACCUGUAAUAUGGAUACGUGGUUUUGUAUACAAAAAUGGAGGGAGUACAUUUCAUACGAAUUUUAGAAUCCACUCCAACCUCUUAAAAUAAUUCUUUGUUUUUCCUGUGAUGCAAUCAUCAAACAAACUCAAAUCCUUUAGAAUUCGAGCGGGCAUGACAUUUCUGUUCUAAUAAUCCUAUUAUGAAUCAGAGAGGCCCUUGAGUUUUUGUUCUGUUUCAAGUGAAGCAGUACCUUUUUUUUCUGAGCGGUGAGUGAAGCAGUACUAGUUAGUCUUUUUAGCCCAUGAUGAAAGCCCGUACCACAAAUAUUGACGCGUUUCACCGUCUUUUUUGAGGGAGACGCGUUUCACCGUCUGAGCCCAGCUUGGAGGCCCGUAUCACAACUGCCACCUGCAAGACCGAGAAUCGCAACCGCGAGCCCGAGAAAAAAAGAGUGGAGGUAAAAUGGAGGGACGCCCCCGCGGCGGCGGCCGGACCGCCAUGGACUACUCGCUGGCGGCGCUGAAGCUGUUCGCCUCGCAGCUGGCGGGAUCCACGACCGCCCCCUCCUCGGAGGGCUCCUCCCCGGCGCAGAUGCUCUUCGGCAUCCGCUUCCAGCGCGCCUGGAUCCAGGGCGUGGUGGUGCGCGCGGACUACAGCGUCGGCGACGGGAGGCUGUUCGUGGAUGACGGCUCCUGCGUCACCGAGCUCAUGCUCCGGCCCGAGGAUGCCAAGGGCCAGCCCUGGCGCCCAGGGAUGUAUGUGCUGAUUAUUGGGGCAUAUAUUGCUCCCCAGUCUACUGAAAGUCUGCCAAUGGUCAAGGUGCACAAGAUAGUGGAUCUCUCUGGGCACCCGGACCGUGAAGCGAUGUGGUACAUGGAAGUGGCCGAGGCAUACAACUUCUUCUACAAGGCUGACGCCUCCGGUGCCGGCUCACCGCCAUGAGCACUCCUUGGUCUCUCCCGACGAUCCGUUUCAGUGCGGCACUCUCUUACAUUGCUGCCAUUGUCGUAGAUUGCUGCUGGUAACUCACCUCAGAGAAUGCUCUGCUUUCCUUUUGUUGUGGAGGUCGGCAGUCCAUAUAGGCUUAGACUUACUUUAGGCUCGCUCAUUUCUGAAGCAAAACAACCAGAAUCGAGUUCAUCACUCAGAGCUCGGUUUUCGGACGAUGCUUGCAUGCCCAAACAAGCAUUGCUCUUUGGAAUCUCCCUCUUUUUGCCCCCAAAAGAAGGAACCCCCCGUACCA